AUGUCAGUGCCUUUCUCCAACACUCACCUGCGGGUCCCGCGAGGUUUUGCUACCAUCCUGGAGGGACUGGCCAGAGAAGUCCUACGAGACCAGCCUGAAGAUAUUCCUAAAUUUGCUGCACAGUACUUCGAUGCUCUUCUCAAACAAAGACAAGAUAGUGGCGUGGACCCUGCUGAGUGGGCUGCCAAACUGGAAGACAGAUUCUACAACAACCAUGCAUUCGAGGUCACUGGGGCAAGUCCCGAAAAAGCACCUCCAUCAGGGGUGACAAUUUCCAAAGAGCGUUCAAAUGAGUCUCGAACUGAAGAAGAAUCCAGUCAAUCGUCAGAAGCCUCAGUUCUUCCAACCACACAACCUGAUAUUUCUGGGGAGAUUGUUUUAACCACAAGCACAGGAAAAGAAGAGGAAAAAUGUGAUAUUACAGAGAAACACUCUAUUUCAAUGGAAAAGGGACUUUCAGAAGAGGAAUCAGUAAAUAUGCUCCCAGCUGCAAAUGUUCAGUCAGAUGAACUGGGCACUACAGAGGAGGAGAUAGACCCAACAAUAGCUGCAUUUGAUCAAGUUGACAGGGCUGCUAUUGAAAAAGAUAGCAGCUCUGUUCAAGACCAAGAUACACCUCAGUCUGAGUCAGAGCCUAAUGACUCGUCAUCAUUCAGAGGUAUGUCAAAUGUAGAUGUGUGUGCUCAGGAAGUAGGAACUGCAGAAGAUGAGAGAGGUGAUGCACAAGAGACCGCAGGUGUAGGUAAGGAGAUUGCAGACUUCAGAGCAGAGGAAAAAACUAAAGCUGAAGAACCAGUGGAGGUCUUUCCAUAUUCUGGGCUAGCUGAUGUGGAUGUGUGUGCUACAGAGCUUGUAGGAACAGAGAAGACAAUGGAAGAAGCAGCUGCUGUAGAUGAUAUACAUAUCAAUGAAGAUGAAAGUGCAAAACCCCAAUUGGAGGAAACCUUUUCACAGUCAUCACUGUCUCAUUCUGAAACCCCAAAGGAUAAUGGACAAGAAGCAGAAGAUCAUGCAGGAAAAACAAAGGAGGAGGAAGGAACAGAGAAUGAGGCUUCUUCUGGAGGCGUACAUGAAAGUUUAACUCAUAUACUCGAGAGUGGCUCAGAUAGUAAUGUUACACCAAAGGAGGAUUCACUGGUUGAGAUUAGCUUUGAAGAUGUUCCACAGGCUCAGCAGAUUAAAGAUGUUGGGAAGAAACAGCCAGAGGUAGAGGAUUCUGCAGAGGUCUUACAGGCUAAUAUAUUGGAAAUGCAACAGGAGGAAGAAUCCAAGGAACUUACUGCAGUGGAAACAGAUCAAACUAUAUCAAGUACACAAACUCAUGGUGAACCUGAAAAGCUAACAACUGAGAAGGAAGUUAAGUCUGGAGGGGAGGAAAUGGAAAGGCAGCAUGAGGAUUCUGAUAUAACAAAGGAGAAGGUGGACAUUAAUGACUCUGAAUUAAAUUAUAGUGAGGAUGAUGAGAAGGGAGAAGGUGUUAAAACCAUCAGCUCAUCACAACAGCCCACCAGCGAGGCAAACAAAGAGAACUCAGAGAACGAAUCCGAUCAAAAAAAUGAAGAUACCAGGAAGAUAAGAGAAGGCGAAUUUCACCAGAAUGAAUCGAACUACCUUGACUUUAAAGAAGACGAGACAACAGACACGGUGGGGGGAGACAAAGAGGACAUGCAUACAGAAAGUUACAGUGAAGUGGAAGCUCAAGAAAUUAAUGAUGGUGGUGUAGAAAAUCACUCAUCACAAGUAACCCAUUCAAAUAUAUCAGCUGCUGCAAAGGAGGCAGAGAGUGAAACUCUGGAGGCAAGACUGUAUCUACCAGAGGAGAAUGAAGAGAGUCAGAGAACACCUGUAGAGUCACAGCCAGAGGACACAGGGGUAGAAAAAGGGGUCACAACAAAGGAGAGAACAUCAGAAGCAAAGGGACUUGCAGAAGAAGGAAAGAAUGACCCCGAAAUACAAGAGAGGAGUGAUGCAAGGUGUGAAGAGGGCAGCGUAAGCCCCACUCAAAGUGGAGAUCGGCCGGCAGUUGACCACCAAGGAGAGGAAAGGCGACUUGGGUCUGAAAAGGACAGCACAGAGCCUGAAGGCAACAGUGGUGACAAGGUAGCCUAUAUAAAUACACCCUUCAAGGACGAGUCUGAUCAACAGUGACGUUCAUUUCCCCCCCCC